AGUUACAGGGAGCUGGCCAAUGAGAGUGCCCGUUCCAGGCGGCCAAUGGGAGGCGGCGUCUCGGCGGCUGUCAGACGGCGGCUGCGGCGGGGUGCCGCGGGUUCGAGCCGGAGGCCCCGGGAACGGGUGAGUCUGGAGCGCGGCACGGAGGGGGCGCGCCCGGGACUCGUCAGGAAGAAUGCGUCCGGCCGGAGGCGCGGGACUGGCUGCGCUUGGCAAGAAGUGGAUCGAAGCACCCUCAGGACUCGUGGAUGCCGGCAUCUCCAUUUUCCAGAUGGGGAAACUGAGGCCCAGCGUGGCCAAGUGACCUGCCUGAGUUGGCACAGGGAGAGCCGGGAUUCGCCCCCAGGCCAGCUGUCAAGAGCAUGCCUCUGUGCCAUUGGCGGGCCACCACCAAGGGCAGCCAGCCCGAUGGGGAUGGAACUCAGCUCGUGGCCACCAGCGGAGGCCUGAAGGUACUUCUGCACUGGGCUGGCCCCGGCGGCGGGGAGCCCUGGGUCACCUUCAGCGAGGCCACGCUGACCGCGGAGGAGGUCUGCAUCCACGUUGCACACAAAGUUGGCAUAACUCCACCAUGCUUCAAUCUCUUCGCCCUCUUUGAUGCCCAGGCCCAGGUCUGGCUGCCUCCAAACCACAUCCUGGAGGUCUCGAGAGACACGAGCCUGACACUGCACUUCCGCAUGAGGUUUUAUUUCCGGAACUGGCAUGGCAUGAACCCUCAGGAGCCGGCCGUGUACCGCUGCGGGCCCCCGGGGGCUGAGGCCCCCUCGGAACAGGCAGAGCAGGGGAUGCAACUCCUAGACUCAGCCUCCUUUGAAUAUCUCUUUGAACAGGGCAAGCACGAGUUUGUGAACGAUGUGGCAUCGCUGUGGGAGCUGUCGAGCGAGGAGGAGAUCCACCACUUUAAGAAUGAGAGUUUGGGCAUGGCCUUCCUGCACCUCUGCCACCUCGCUCUCUGCCGCGGUGUCCCCGUGGAGAAGGUGGCCAAGAAGAUCAGCUUCCAGGACUGCAUCCCGCGCUCCUUCCGGCUGCAGAUCCGGCAGCACAACGCGCUGACGCGGCUGCGCCUGCGCAGCAUCUUCCGCAGGUUCCUGCGGGCCUUCCAGCCGGGCCGCCUGUCCCAGCAGGUCAUCAUGGUCAAGUACCUGGCCACGCUCGAGCGGCUGGCGCCGCGCUUCGGCACGGAGCGCGUGCCCGCGUGCCACCUGGAGCUGCUGGCCCAGGCCGAGGGGGCGCCCUGCUACAUCCGGGACAGCGGGCAGGACCCUCCGGAGCCCGGGCCCGAGGCUGCGGCCGGACCCCCCUCCCAUGAGGUGCUAGUGACAGGCACCGGCGGCAUCCAGUGGCGGCCGGUACAGACAGAGGGUCCCGGUGGCGGUGGUGGUGGCAGCAACAGGAAUCCCCAUGCUGCCCCAUCCGGGAAGAAAGCCAAGGCCCAAGAGGUGGGCGACCAGCCAGCAGACAGGCCGCGGGAGGCUCCGUGGACCUACUUCUGUGACUUCCAGGACAUCACCCACGUGGUGCUGAAGGAACGCCACGUCAGCAUCCACUGUCAGGACAACAGAUGCCUGGAGCUGACCCUGCCUUCCCGGGCCGUGGCCCUGUCAUUGGUGUCGCUGGUGGAUGGCUAUUUCCGCCUGACAGCUGACUCGAGCCACUACCUGUGCCACGAGGUGGCUCCUCCACGGCUGGUGAUGAGCAUCCAGGACGGGAUCCACGGGCCUCUGCUGGAGCCAUUCGUGCUGGCCAAGCUGCGGCCGGAGGAGGGCCUCUAUCUCAUCCACUGGAGCAUCAGCCACCUCAACCGCCUCAUCCUCACGGUGGCCCAGCGUGACCAGGCCCCCGGCGCGACGGGCCUGCGCCUGCGCAAGUUCCCCAUCGAGCUGCUGGCCGGGACCUUCACGCUGGAGGGCUGGGGCCGGUCCUUCGCCAGCGUGCGGGAGCUGCGGGCCGCCCUGCAGGGCUGCUCCCUGCGCGCCGGCGACGCCUGCUUCUGCCUGCGCCGCUGCUGCCUGCCGCGGCCGGGAGAGAUCUCCAACCUCCUCAUCAUGCGGGGGCCGCGGGCCAGCUCCCGGCUGCUCAACCUCAGCCAGCUCAGCUUCCACCGCAUCUGCCAGGACGACGUCACCCAGCUGUGCCAUUUGGGCCAAGGCACAAGGACCAACGUGUAUGAGGGCCUCUUGCGAGUGGGGGGCGCGGGCCCCGAGGAGGACAAGGCGGACGACGGGGACCCCCCCACGCCCGGCGGGGGCCGUGGGCAGCAGCUGCGAGUGGUCCUCAAGGUGCUGGACCCCAGUCACCAUGACAUCGCCCUGGCCUUCUACGAGACGGCCAGCCUCAUGAGCCAGGUCUCGCACGUGCAUCUGGCCUUCGUGCACGGCGUCUGCGUGCACGGCUCCGAGAACAUCAUGGUGACGGAGUACGUGGAGCACGGGCCGCUGGAUGUGUGGCUGCGGCGCGAGAGGGGCCACGUGCCCCUGGCCUGGAAGGUGGCAGUGGCCCAGCAGCUGGCCAGCGCCCUCAGCUACCUGGAAGACAAGAGCCUGGUUCAUGGUAAUGUGUGUGGCCGGAAUAUCCUGCUGGCACGGCUGGGGCUAGCGGAGGGCACCAGCCCCUUCAUCAAGCUGAGUGACCCCGGCGUGGGCCUGGGUGCCCUCUCCAGGGAGGAGCGGGUGGAGCGGAUCCCCUGGAUGGCCCCCGAGUGCCUGUCCGGCGGAGCCAACAGCCUAAGCACGGCGGCCGACAAGUGGGGUUUUGGUGCCACCCUCCUGGAGAUCUGCUUCGAUGGCGAGGCUCCCCUGCAGGGCCGUGGCCCCUUUGAGAAAGAGCGCUUCUACCAGACGCAGCACCAGCUGCCCGAGCCCUCAUGCCCGGAGCUGGCUACGCUCACCAGCCCGUGCCUGACCUACGAGCCCGCCCAGCGGCCGUCCUUCCGCACUAUCCUGCGUGACCUCACUCGGCUGCAGCCCCAAAAUCUUGUUGACGUCUUGGCUGUCAACCCGGAUUCGCUCGUGUCAGACCCCACUGUUUUCCACAAGCGCUAUUUGAAAAAGAUCCGGGAUCUGGGCGAGGGUCACUUCGGCAAGGUCAGCCUGUACUGCUACGACCCGACCAACGACGGCACUGGCGAGAUGGUGGCCGUGAAGGCCCUCAAGGCGGACUGCGACCCCCAGCUCCGCACCAGCUGGCGGCGGGAGAUCGACAUCCUGCGCACGCUCUACCACGAGCACAUCGUCAAGUACAAGGGCUGCUGCGAGGACCAAGGCGAGAAGUCAGUGCAGCUCGUCAUGGAGUACGUGCCCCUGGGCAGCCUCCGAGACUACCUGCCUCGGCACAACGUCGGGCUGGCCCAGCUGCUGCUUUUCGCCCAGCAGAUCUGCGAGGGCAUGGCUUAUCUGCACGCGCAGCACUACGUCCACAGAGACCUGGCCGCGCGCAACGUGCUGCUGGACAAUGACAAGCUGGUCAAGAUCGGGGACUUUGGCCUGGCCAAGGCCGUGCCUGAAGGCCACGAGUACUACCGCGUGCGCGAGGAUGGGGACAGCCCCGUGUUCUGGUAUGCCCUGGAGUGCCUGAAGGAGUGUAAGUUCUACUAUGCAUCCGACGUCUGGUCCUUUGGGGUCACCCUGUAUGAGCUGCUGACCUACUGUGACUCCAGCCAGAGCCCCCCCUCGAAAUUCAUUGAGCUCAUAGGCCUCACCCAGGGCCAGAUGACAGUGCUGCGGCUCACGGAGCUGCUGGAACGAGGGGAGAGGCUGCCGCGGCCGGAGAAGUGUCCCUGUGAGAUCUAUCUCCUCAUGAAGAACUGCUGGGAGGAAAAGGCCUCAUUCCGCCCGACCUUCCAGAACCUCAUACCCAUCCUCAAAACGGCCCACGAGAAAUACCGAGGCCAGGCCCCCUCGGUGUUCAGCGUGUGCUGAAGCCACUGGCAGCCCUGCGUGGCGGGAUUGGAAUAGGCAGGACCCCCAGAGGGGGCCUCCUGCUCCCCGCCCCAAGGGGAACCCAAGAGGGAGAGGUCAGCCUCCCCCACUCCCUGUGCCUUACUGCUGCCCCAGGCCAUCCUGUCCUAGUCCCUUUGAGCUGCUGUAACAAUACCACAGACUGGGGGAUUUAUCUACAACAGAAGUUUAUCUCUCUCCGCUCUAGAGGCUGGGAAGUCCAAGAUCAAGGCGCCAGCAUGGUCGAGUUUUGGUGAAGGCCUUGUUUCUGGUUCAUAGCCUGUGCCUUCUCGCUCUGUCCUCACAAGGUGGAAGGGGGCGAGGGAUCUUUCUGGAGCCUCUUUUUCUUUUGGUGAGGAAGAUUCGCCCUGAGCCAACAUCUGUGUCAGUCUUCCUCUAUUUUGUAUGUGGGUGGCCUCCACAGCAUGGCUGACAAGUGGUGUAGGUCUGCACCCCGGAUCCGAACCUGCGAACCUGGGCCGCCCAAGUGGAGCGUGCCAAACUUAACCACUCCGCCACAGGGCCAGCCUCUGGAGCCUCUUUAUAAGGGCACUAAUUCCAUUCAUGGGGGCUCGCUCCUCUUUUUUUUUUUUUUUUUUUUUUUGUGAGGAGAUCAGCCCUGUGCUAACAUCUGCCAAUCCUCCUCUUUUUGCUGAGGAAGACUGGCCCUGGGCUAACAUCCGUGCCCAUCUUCCUCUAUUUUAUAUGGGAUGCCGCCACAGCAUGGCUUGAAAAGCAGUGCAUCGGUGCACGCCCGGGAUCCGAACCGGCGAACCCCAGGCCGCCAGAGCAAAGCGCGCGCACUUAACCGCUUGUGCCACUGGCCAGCCCCCUCUCGCCUCUUGACUUAAUUAAGCAUCUCCCAAAGCCUCACUUCCUUUUUUCUUUCUUUCUUUUUUUUUUGGUGAGGAAGAUCAGCCCUGAGCUAACAUCCAUGCCAAUCCUCUUCUUUUUGCUGAGGAAGACUGGCCCUGGGCUAACAUCCGUGCCCAUCUUCCUCUACUUUAUAUGGGACACCACCACAACAUGGCUUGACAAGCGGUGCGCCAGUGCACACCCGGGAUCCGAACCUGCGAACCCUGGCCCACCGCAGCGGAGCGCAAGCACUUAACAGCUGCGCCACCGUGCCAGCCCCAAGGCUCACCUCCUAAUACCAUCACAUCGGGCAUUAGGAUUUCAAGCUGCGAAUUUUUUUUUAUUGAGGUCACAUUGGUUUAUAACAUAUAAAUUUCAGGUGUACAUCGUUAUGUUUCGACUUCUGUAUAGACUGCGUUGUGCUCACCCCCAAAAGUCUAGUUGUGUCUGUCACCAUACACGCGUGCCCCUUUACCCUUUCUGCCCUCCCUCGCCUCCAUGUAUGACUUUUGAGGGGAUGCAGCUUCCGUCAUCAUGAGCCUGACACAGGCCCCUAAGGGACCCAGGACAGGCAAGGAGCCCUUGGAUCCCAUCUUUUUGCCUUACCUGGCCCAUCCCCUCAGGGCUCACCGUUUCCAUCAGCUGGCCAUAAGCUCAUACAGUCAGGCGCCGCAUAACGACGUUCCAGUGAAUGAGCAGACCGCAUAUACGACGGUGAUCCCAUGGAGCCUAGCUGUGGAGUAGGCUGUACCAUCUGAGUUUGUGUAAGGACACCCUAUGACGUUCACACAACGAUGGCAGCACCUAAUGAUGCAUGUCUCGCUGUCACUAAGUGACCCAUGACUCUGUUCUGCUGCUGAAGGCUGUGGUCCUUGCCGCUUCUUCAGUGAGUGUCUGCUCACCUGGGGCCCACAGCUGGAGCAAGACAAUGCAGAAGGAUCCAGAUUCAACAAUUAAACAUUUGCUCAUCUCUAAAUGACCAGCUAGCAAUUAGACCAGCACGUAGAACACAGAAGGUGCCAAAUAACCAGUCGUUAAAUAUACCAACAAAAGAUUUGGGGGGCCGUGUGCCGUGUAGAUAAGCCAGCCAAUUUCACUCUUUCCCCGCUGUGUGACCUCAGGCAAGUGGCAUCCCCUCUCUGGGCCUCAGUUCUCAACUGUGAACUGGGGACGGUCAUCUUGCUACCUCGCAGGACUCAUGGAAAGAACUAAUGAGGUCAUUUAUGUCAAAUGCUUAGCAGACAGACAUGCAAACAAUUGCUUAAUAAACAUUUGAUAUUAUUGUUAA